AUGGGCAGCAAUUCCCUUGGAAAGCGGCUAUCACCAGUUCUCUCAGCCGAACAUGACUCGGACACGAGGAAUUCAGUCCCAAGGCUAGAACUCGAAAGGCUUCAAGCCGAGUUGAGAAGAUUGAAAGCUGAGGCAGCCAUAGCAAAAGAGGAACUGGGUAAAGGGAGAAGAAACUCAAAAGCCACGAGUCUAGAAUUGAAGACAUUUUACAAAGAGGACUGUGCCUUCAUGUCUUUUCCCAAGGACUUGAAAGCAUAUAAUACCGCGAAAAACAAACUUCAUGGAGAUCUUCCAGGAGCCUUCUAUAGGGCUACUUACGAAAAGUCGGCAACCAUCACGCCAUUCGAAACCAAGGCAUGUUGGCCCAGUAAUCACCCUGACCUUCAAGAGGGUGUUGCGUUUCAAAGCAUGAACGACUUCCUCAUAUUGCGCGAUGUGACAAGCGAAAGGGUCCUUCGUCAUUGCCAAUGGCAGAGAAAGCGCCCAUUCACUUCUUUCAUCUCAGCAUUUAAUGCAGAGAACAUGGCUGCCAACCGCGCCCAUUUUCUGUACCACGACAGCCGGUUGCAAUGCAGGAGGCUCAUGGUCGUAAAGAUCUCUACUGAGAGUCUUGUGCCGGCUUUUUUGAAUUUUAAGGAGAUCGUUCCUUGUGAUUCCACAGAUGAUAUGACAACAAAGGCAUUGACUACAGAUGCUGAGCCGAACAAAUCAGCUGAUGAUCCAGAGUCUGCUGAUGUCGCUAAUGCUGAUUCUGCUGAUAUCACUGAUGCAUAUCUUGAGAGUGAUCUAGGCUCUCUCUCAUCAGACUCAUCUGAGGAUGGGGAUGAUGUUGCAGAGGAGCAUUUUGCGACCGAAACAUUAGACGAUGUGGAUGAUGAAAUUUUUGGCGAGUACGCCUUGGAAACCUCCAAUCCACCAAUUUCUCUGGAUACCUCAACUCCAUCAGCGACGCCGUCUACUGAACAGGCUAACAGCCCAAAGACAAGGGAAGUCACGGUAAAGGUGCCAUGUUGGGUUCGUGAGCAUGCAGUUUCAAAGGAUAGGUCCGACAUCAAUUUUGCUGAAUUUGAAAAAUGUCGCUCUGAAUGCUGGUUCUCCAUAGCAGAAAAUCGCCGCAGUGGACUGUACCUGCCCGACACCGAGUACGUCAAGCAUGGGCAGCCUGAAGAGUGGUUAGCCGGCGGUUUCAUCCUCAGGUCAUCCAUUAAUAGUAUCUGGCCGUACGAUGGCCGAAAGAUACACAAAUUCCGGGGCAAAAAGGUCAUCACAAGCAAGAAUAGCGAAGACUGGCAAUUUGAUUGGGACAACACGAUUUGGAGGUCGCGCAUCGAGACGAAGCGCACCGAAAAAGCGCUCGAGCAGGCUGAUCAGAAGAUGAAGCGCAAGGUUGACGAGCUGCAAGCUAAUAGCCCUGAAACCACCUGCAAAAUUCCCAAGACUGGACAUGGUUUCAACAUCAUCAGACCAUAUUUGAAUUUCCGUUCAAACGUCUCUCGACCAAGCACCGAUUCAGCUUGA